AUGAAGAAUGAAUCUGAAGUAGGCUUGGGUUUUGCAUCUGGCUUGGGCGAUAAAGAUGGAUUCGUAACAGUUCUCCUUGACCGUGUUGGAGUUUUUCCUUCUGUGCCACCAACAUUAUACCGUUUGCAUAGCUUUUCCCACUCCUUCAAUAGUUGCAGAAAGUCCUAUGCAGAUUCAUUUCUCACGUGCAUCUAUGGAUGGUUUAGUUUCAAGCUUUUAGUUGCAGACGUAUCACUAUCAACAUCCCAUCUCACGACAAGACUAACUGAUGAUAGUUUGGCACCUAAGCACAGUCCGGUUGACAUGCCACCACAACCAGAAUAG